AUGCGCCUGUCCUUGAUCCUAAAUCCUGACAGGCUCCUGAAGAUCAGAGCCACUGGACUCUACAUGGAACCAAAGACCUCAUGUUCAACUGAUGCACUGUUGAUGGAGAGAAAAUUUCAUAUUCUUGUGGGUGUCACUGGGAGUGUCGCAGCUCUGAAGUUGCCUCUUCUGGUGUCAAGGCUUUUGGACAUUCCUGGGCUGGAAGUAGCAGUGGUCACAACUGAGAGAGCCAAACAUUUCUACAGUCCCCAGGACAUUCCCGUCACCCUCUACAGUGAUGCUGAUGAAUGGGAGAUGUGGAAGCACCGCUCUGACCCUGUCCUUCACAUUGACCUGCGGAGGUGGGCAGACCUCAUGCUGGUAGCUCCUCUUGAUGCCAACACUCUGGGGAAGGUGGCCAGCGGCAUCUGUGACAACUUGCUUACCUGUGUCAUCCGGGCCUGGGACCGUAGCAAGCCCCUGUUCUUCUGCCCAGCGAUGAACACCGCCAUGUGGGAGCACCCUAUCACCGUGCAGCAGGUGGGCCAGCUCAAGGCCUUUGGCUACACUGAGAUCCCCUGCGUGGCCAAGAAGCUGGUGUGUGGAGAUGAAGGUCUGGGAGCCAUGGCAGAGGUGGAGACCAUUGUAGAAAAAGUGAAAGAAGUCCUCUCCCAGCAAGUUGGCUUCAAGCACAGUUGAACUGGUAUUUCUGUCAUGUGUGUCCUUCUGCACUCAACAUGGGUUCAGACCAACCUGGUGAAGAAUACAGACAUUGGCAAAAUUUGGUGAGGAUUUGCUGACCCUCCCCAGGGGCUGGACCUGCUCCAGGUUAAACAGGACCAAAGGCCCAGAUCUCAGCUUCUUUCAACCAGAAGAUGCCACUAUAUGGAGC